AUGCCGCCACGCGCAUUUGGGUGCGGCGGUCCGCCGCCACGGCACUGCUCGGGUGCUAUCGUCGACGAGCCACAGCGCGCUGCUCUCGAGACCUACUGCCCCGUCUUUGCCGUCGCGGCGCCAGCGCUUGUCGUCCAUGCUGUCCUCGGCGACCGCGUCGCAACUCGCCGCCGCCGCGCAUGGUUGGCUGUCCUUACCGCCGCCUCGAACGUCGGCCUCAACUGUUAUUUAUACGCGACCAGCGGCGUCCGUGCAUCGGUGUGGCCGAUCGUCGCCACGACAUAUGCCCACGCGCUCGGCCUCAGUGCGCUCUCGUGGUCGCUUGAGAGCCGACAGACUGCCGACAAAGAUACCAAGAACAGGCCAACGCAAGCCCUUGCGACGAUCGUGCCAUGGCUUUCGGCCGUCGUCUUGGCGGUGACCCCCGCACCUGCGCUUGGCACGUCGCUCUUGGUGUACGUGGGCCUUGGUCUUGAGUUUGGCGCGGGCGUCGCUCGCAACUACGGCUGCCAUCGCGUUGGCAUCACUACCAUUUCGAGUGGUCUCGUAGCGCUCGCGGUCGUCUAUGGUGUUCCGUGGGCGACGGCGGUCAGUUCGACGGCUGUCGACAAGGUGGUGGUGGUGGCGUUUGGACUGGCGUCGUUGGCCACCGUCGUCGGACCACCAGCAUCGCCAACGUCGACGGUGGGCGGUGCCGUUGUUUUCUUAUUGGCGCGGCCGUUCUAG